GCAGAGAGACUCGGAGGCAGGCUGGGGCCCUUGGAAGGUCCUUAAACUUUGAUUGCUUUAGCUUUAAGUUUUCCCGCUGGUUUAGGGAAAGCGACCCGCAGCCUCAAGGAGAGGAGACAAGCUUCUGGCUCCGGACGCACGGAUAGGCCCGAGGAACCCGCAGUCUGAAACAGGAAACUGCCCGAACCCGGACGAGCCUCCUCCGAGGGAUAGUCAGGAAACGCUUCCCGAGGUGGGAAACAAGGGUCCUGCCUUCCGAGAUCCCCUCUAAAGAUGACUCAAGACCAGCCUUUGCUCGCGGUGCAGGAGGCCCUGAGGAAGUGCUUUCCCGUGGUGGAGGAGCAGCAGGGCCUGUGGCAGAGCGCUCUCAGGGACUGCCCGCCCCUCCUGGCCUCCCUCAGCAACCUGGCAGAGCAGCUGCAGGCCGCACAGAACCUGCGAUUUGAGGAUGUGCCGUCACUUCGGGCCUUCCCAGAUUUACAGGAGCGGCUGAGGCGCAAGCAGCUGGCGGCUGGUGACACUCUCCUGGACAGGCUAGGGGAGAGGCUAGCCGCCCUCCUUAAGGUGCGUGAUGUAGUCAGCAGCCACGUGGAACACGUGCUUCAGAUCUAUGAGCAGCAUGCAGACAUGAUCAGCCUCGAUGCUGUCCUGCAGGCUUCAGCUGCGAGCCCCUCUGUGGCUGAAAUGCUGGAGUGGUUACAGGAUAUCGAGAGACAUUAUCGAAGUUUGUACCUGAAGAGGAAGUAUCUUCUGUCCUCAAUCCAGUGGGGAGACUUGGGAAACAUCCAAGCUUUGCCCAAAGCCUGGGACCGAAUUUCGGAAGACGAACACCCAGACCUUGUACGAGAUAUCCUGUUGAAUGUUUCCUUCUUCCUGGAAGAGUGAAGAAGCCGUGUGUUUAUCGGGAGACUAGGGGGACGCAGUUGAAGACCGACAUGGCUGCGCUCUGAUAUAU